AAUUUCGCGGUUUGCUUCUGCUCUCGUGCUCAUCCUCGCGUGUUCGAACGUUCCACCUGGUAUACACGACGAAGAUGCUCGCCUCACGAAGGGUGGCUGCGGCCGCACCUGCAUCAAACGCCCCUCGGAUACUUGCACUGCCAGUUCCACGCCGCCAAUUGCUUCACCGUACUCUCGCGACAGCCGUCGACCGCUCGGCAGCUGCGAGCAGUGUCGAAUCCCGCACACCACCAUACAGCAAAUUGGUCAAGCAACUAGACGAGGUCCGAAGGAUACUACCCAACCGAGCUCUCACUCUUGCCGAGAAAAUCUUGUUCUCGCAUUUGGCCAAUGCCGAGGAGUCGCUUCUUCAAGGCACUAGCAAUGGCAAGGAUAUUCGAGGAAAGGCAACCCUCAAACUAAAGCCCGAUCGGGUUGCGAUGCAAGAUGCUUCGGCACAGAUGGCACUGUUACAAUUCAUGAGCUGUGGACUCCCAAAGACAGCGGUGCCGGCGAGCAUUCACUGCGAUCACAUGAUUGUUGGAGAAAAGGGAGCGGACACGGACCUCCCCAACAGCAUCAAGGGCAAUAAAGAGGUGUACGAUUUCUUAGAGAGCGCCGGAAAGAGAUAUGGUAUCGAGUUUUGGCCCCCAGGCGCAGGGAUCAUCCACCAGACUGUUUUGGAAAACUACGCUGCCCCUGGUCUGAUGAUGCUGGGUACAGACAGCCACACCCCCAACGCUGGUGGUCUGGCUUGCAUUGCCAUUGGUGUCGGUGGUGCCGAUGCUGUCGAUGCGCUCGUAGACGCCCCUUGGGAGCUCAAGGCGCCCAAGAUCCGUGGUGUGCGAUUGGAAGGCAAGCUCAGCGGAUGGGCUUCGCCAAAGGACGUCAUCCUCAGCCUUGCGGGUAAGCUCACAGUACGAGGAGGAACUGGCUACAUCGUCGAAUAUUUCGGCCCUGGUGUUGAGAGUCUGUCCUGCACAGGCAUGGCGACUAUCUGCAACAUGGGCGCCGAGAUUGGUGCAACUACGUCAAUUUUCCCAUACACGCCAUCAGCACACAACCCCUACCUCCAAUCCACUCACCGAUCAUCUAUCGCCGAACAAGCCGCUGCAAUCGCAGCUUCGGGCGGGUCUCGCAACUACCUCACUGCAGAUUCCGACGCAGAGUACGACGAAAUUGUGACAAUCAACCUCUCCGAGCUCGAACCUCAUAUCAACGGUCCCUUUACGCCUGACCUUUCUACGCCGUUGUCUCGCUUCAAAUCUGCAGUAGAGGCGAACAAAUGGCCCUCAACCUUUGGCGCUGGUCUAAUCGGUAGCUGCACGAACAGCUCAUACUCCGACAUGACUCGUGCAGAAUCUCUGGUUCAGCAAGCCACUGCGGCCGGACUCAAGCCAAAGGCAGAUUUCUUCAUCUCACCUGGAUCUGAGCAGAUCCGCGCCACGAUUGAUCGCGAUGGUACCUUGGACACCUUCACAGAGGCGGGAGGAUUGGUCCUCGCAAAUGCGUGCGGUCCCUGCAUUGGCCAAUGGUCGCGGACGGAUGGUGUGAAGAAGGGUGAGGAUAAUGCUAUCUUCACCUCCUACAACCGCAACUUCCCCGCCAGAAACGAUGGCAACAGCAAGACCAUGAACUUCCUUGCAUCACCAGAGCUGGUGACCGCCAUGUCUUACUCUGGCAGCACCACCUUCAACCCGAUGACUGACAGCAUCACCACUCCCUCUGGCAAGGAAUUCCGCUUCCAACCUCCGACCGGCAUCGAUCUCCCCAGCGAAGGUUUCGCAACCGGAAACCCCGUGUUCAAGCCCACGGCGCCCGUCCCCGACGCCUCGGUCGACGUCGCCAUCGACCCCGCCAGCACUCGUCUCGCCGUCCUCGAACCCUUCGCACCCUUCCCUCAGACCGAGCUCUCCGACCUCAAAGUGCUCGUCAAAGUCAAAGGCCAGUGCACAACCGACACCAUCUCCGCCGCGGGCCCCUGGCUGAAAUACAAAGGCCACCUCCCCAACAUCAGCGAGAACACCCUCAUCGGAGCCCUCUCCGCCGACACCAACGCCGUCAACUCCGUCACCGACCUCGACGGCUCCACCCACACCAUCCCCGCCCUCGCCGCCCGCUGGAAAGACCAAGGCCGCGAGUGGCUGGUCAUCGCCGAGCACAACUACGGCGAGGGCUCCGCCCGCGAACACGCCGCGCUGCAGCCGCGCUACCUCGGCGGCCGCAUCAUCGUGACCAAGUCCUUCGCCCGCAUCCACGAGACGAACCUGAAGAAGCAGGGCGUCGUGCCGUUGACGUUCGCGAACGAGGCCGACUACGACCGCAUCAACGGCGGCGACGCCGUGCGCACGGAGGGCCUGCUGGAUGUCCUGAACGGCGGCGAGGGCGAGAUCAGCCUGGUCGUCACGAAGAAGGAUGGUGGGGAGGAAUUCUCCGUGCCGGUCAAGCACACCAUGAGCGAGGAUCAACGAGCGUUCAUCCUGGCGGGCAGUGCGCUGAACGUCCUGGCGAAGCAGGCGAGGAAGGCAUGAAAGAGAGGGAGGAGAAGGAGUGGGAUGGCGGAAGCAGUAAAUCCGAAGCUAUGGCUGAUGGGUUGCACGACCUCUUUUGACAAUCGAGGUUCACAGCGACGUAGACCCAUUCACCACAUGUGUUUUGGAGCAGCUGCAGCCCACACGUCGGGAGUGAGAAAACUCGCCGCUCGUGUAUGAGGUGGGCUUGUAUAUAGAUGUUUACAUAAAGAUGCGGCGUCAGUGGAAUGAGAUUUGAAUUGUAAAUUCGAUGACUUGAUAUUGACAGCCUCCCUAACAUGAAUUGCAAG